AUGCAGUGCUAUACAGAACUCACACCGCCGACCGGUGUGCAGUACAGUCUGAAUCUCCCUUUUCUCUCGGCGCAAAGCAACAAUCUGGUCGUCGCAAAGGGCUCUCUGUUGCAGAUAUUUACGACCAAGACGAUCUCGUCAGAAAUUGACCACUCGCAGACUCGAGACAGACAAUCGUCAAGGGCUGAUAAUCAGUACGACCGCCGAUUAAAUGACGAUGAUGGCCUCGAGUCAUCCUUCCUAGGCGGCGAUGGCAUGCUGGUCCGCGCCGAUCGAACAACGAACACGAAGCUCGUGCUCGUUGCCGAAUACCCCAUAUUUGGUGUUGUGACGGGCCUUGCGAGAAUCAAAAUUCAGCACUCAAAGUCAGGAGGCGAGGCCCUUUUAAUUGCUACAAGGGUAGCCAGACUGAGCCUUGUGCAAUGGGAUCCUGAGAAACACGCACUCGAGGACAUCUCUAUCCACUUCUACGAGAAAGAAGAGCUUGAAGGCUCGCCCUUUGAUGGCCCGUUGAGCAAUUACCAAACAUACCUAGCAGCCGAUCCUGGCUCCCGAUGCGCGGCGCUUAGAUUUGGGCCCAGAUACAUCGCGUUUCUCCCAUUCAAGCAAAAUGAUGAGGACAUAGAUAUGGAUGACUGGGAUGAAGAAGUGGAUGGACCUCGGCCGGCAAAAGAGUCGUCAGCAACUGCGGCUACAAAUGGAACUAGCAACAUAGCAGAUGUACCAUACUCAACAUCAUACGUCCUCCCUCUCCCUCAGCUUGAUCCCAGUCUCCUUCAUCCUGUGCACCUCGCCUUCUUGCAUGAGUACAGAGAGCCCACCUUUGGUAUCAUCUCAUCAACGCAACGACGGUCCAACACUCUCCCACGAAAGGAUCAUUUCUCCUACAAAGUCUUCACACUCGACCUCCAGCAGAGGGCGUCAACAGCCAUUCUCUCGGUCAACAACCUUCCGCAGGAUCUUUUCAAAGUCAUCGCUCUUCCGAGCCCUGUAGGAGGUGCCCUUUUAGUUGGCACCAACGAGCUGAUUCAUAUUGAUCAGUCUGGGAAGCCUAACGGUGUUGCUGUCAAUGUGUUCACCAAAGAGACGACUAAUUUCCCACUUGCCGACCAGUCGGAAUUGGACUUGCGACUCGAGAACUGCUACAUCGAACAGAUGUCCCCCGAGAACGGAGAACUAUUGAUGGUGCUUAGCGAUGGCCGGCUGGCCAUCGUCGCCUUUAAGAUCGAUGGACGGACGGUUUCGGGAGUUAGUGUCAGGCUUGUGCCUGCAGAAGCGGGUGGCAAUAUUAUGCAAUGCAGCGCUUCCUCUAUAUCGAAGCUCAGCAAAAACGUGUUCUUCGUUGGAAGUGCGGGCAGCGACUCUCUCGUUGUAGGCGUGACUCGGAAGCAGGCACAGAAUGCUCGCAAGAAGACACGAUUGGUAGACGACUCUUUCGCAGAUGACCUGGAGGAUGAGGAUAUGGAAGAUGACGACGAUGACGACCUCUACGGAGAAACCACUACAACAGUUCAGCCAAAUGCAACGUCCAACGGAGCUCACAAGGGAGGUGAGGUGUCAUUCCGAGUCCAUGACUCCCUUCUAAGCUUAGCUCCCGUCCACGACAUGACUACAGGCAGACAGGCUUUUAUUCCGGAAAGUGAGGAGGAGAAGAAUUCGGUUGGUGUUGUGGCUGAUUUGCAGCUCGCCUGUGCUGUUGGCAAAGGCAAUGCUGGUUCCAUUGCCAUUUUAAACCAGAACAUCCAACCUAAAGUUAUCGGCAGGUUUGAAUUCCCAGAGGCUAGGGGGUUCUGGACCAUGUGCGUCCAGAAGCCAAUCCCAAAAUCAUUACAAGGCGACAAGGGUGCAAAUGCUGCGGUAGGCAGUGAAUUCGAUGCGUCGUCUAUCUACGACAAGUUUAUGAUUGUUUCCAAGGUUGAUCUAGAUGGCUAUGAGACAUCAGAUGUUUAUGCCCUUACGGGAGCUGGUUUUGAAGCAUUUACUGGAACGGAGUUUGAUCCUGCUGCAGGUUUUACGGUGGAAGCGGGUACGAUGGGAAAACACAUGCGGAUCAUCCAGGUACUCAAAUCGGAGGUGCGAUGCUAUGAUGGAGAUCUGGGGUUGAGCCAAAUUUUGCCAAUGCUCGAUGAAGAAACAGGUGCUGAACCACGAGUUGUUUGUGCCAGCAUUGCCGAUCCCUACCUUCUCUUGGUACGGGAUGACUCAAGCAUAAUGGUGGCUCAAAUCGAUAACAAUAAUGAGCUGGAAGAGGUUGAAAAGCAAGAUGAUACCAUUCUCUCCACGAAAUGGCUUGCAGGGUGUCUGUAUACCGACAAAACCGGUUUAUUUGCCCCUGUCCAGACAGACAAGGGUACGGCAGACGGCAAGAACAUUUUUAUGUUCUUGCUCAGUGCAGCUGGUGCUCUCUACAUAUACGCCCUUCCUGACCUGUCGAAACCUGUAUAUAUUGCUGCUGGUUUAACCUACGUCCCGCCAUUCCUCUCCGCAGAUUACGCCGUCAGACGAGGCACCAUCCAGGAGACGUUGACUGAAAUUCUGGUGGCUGAUCUGGGCGACACAACCACGACCUUCCCAUACCUCAUUCUUCGUCAUGCAAAUGACGACAUUACCAUAUAUGAACCCAUCCGUCGCGAAACGGCUGACAAGUCCGAGGGCCUUGCAAAGACUUUACACUUCCAAAAAAUCACAAACCCUGCACUUGCAAAGAGUCCCGUCGAAGUUGCUGACGAUGACGCCAAUGAGCAACCGCGCUUUGUGCCUCUUCGUCCUUGCGCCAACAUCAAUGGAUUUAGCACCGUCUUUCUGCCAGGUGCAUCGCCAUCCUUCAUCAUUAAGUCAUCCAAGAGCAGUCCCAGAGUCUUGGGCCUACAAGGUAUUGGUGUCCGUGGCAUGAGUUCCUUCCACACAGAAGGCUGCGAACGUGGCUUCAUCUAUGCCGACUCAGACGGCCAUACUCGCGUCACGCAACUUCCCGCCGACACAAGCUUUGAACUGGGUGUGUCUGUACGCAAGGUUCCAGUUGGUGAUGCCGUCAGUCUUAUCGCCUACCACCCCCCAAUGGAGACAUACGCCGUGGCAUGCAGCGUCUCAGAGCCCUUUGAGCUUCCUAAAGAUGAUGACUAUCACAAGGAAUGGGCCAAGGAGACAAUCACUUCAUACCCCCAAGCAGAGCGUGGCGUUAUCAAACUGAUCAGUCCUGCCACCUGGUCCAUUGUCGAUAACGUCGAGCUCGACCCUCAUGAGGUUGUCAUGUGCAUGAAGACGCUCCAUCUCGAAGUGUCGGAAGAGACAAAGGAACGCCGCAUGCUUCUCGCUGUCGGCACGGCCAUCAACCGUGGCGAGGACCUGCCUAUUCGCGGACGGAUCCUGGUUUACGACGUUGUUCCUGUUGUGCCGCAGCCUGGGCGCCCGGAGACUAACAAGAAGUUGAAGCUCGUGGCCAAGGAAGAAAUCCCUCGCGGCGCCGUCACUGCUCUCUGCGAAGUCGGCUCUCAGGGUCUUAUGCUCGUCGCCCAGGGACAGAAGUGCAUGGUGCGUGGUCUCAAAGAAGACGGCACUCUCCUGCCAGUCGCCUUCAUGGAUAUGAGCUGCUACGUCACCGCAGUCCGUGAGGUGCGUGGGACAGGAUACUGUCUCAUGGCUGACGCCUUUAAGGGUGUGUGGUUUGUCGGAUAUGCGGAGGAGCCCUAUAAAAUGAUGCUCUUUGGAAAGAGUACUGGAAAGUUCGAGGUUUUGACGACAGACUUCAUCGUUGAUGGAGAUGAGUUACAUAUUGUUGUCUGCGACAAGGAUGGCGUAAUUCAUGUCAUGCAGUUUGAUCCCGAGCACCCCAAGUCUCUCCAAGGCCACCUUCUCCUCAACCGUGCCUCCUUCUCCGCAGCACCCAACCACCCCACCGUAACCCUUUCUCUGCCUCGAACAUCAAUCGCUCCCUCAGCGUCCGCUUCAAAGAACCCCCCAACGACCCUCAUGCUGGCCUCCCCAACUGGUGCCCUCGCCUGCCUGACCCCUUUGUCAGAGCAGGCCUACCGUCGCCUUACCUCCCUGGCAAACAGUAUUGCUGCAGCCCUUCCCCAUGCAGCAGCAGCGAACCCCAAGGCGCACCGCCUACCGCCUCUUGAUGCACGGCCUCCGGGAGUCGACACGAGCGCCGGACGCAGUGUCGUUGACGGUGCUCUGCUUUCACGAUGGAACGAACUCGGUGCGGGACGCAGAUCGGAGGUGGCCGGCAAAGGUGGCUACGGCGGCGUCCUUGAGGUUCGGGGCGAGCUGGAAGGUAUACUUGGAUGGAGCGGUAUGGCUUAUUUUUGA